GAUGCGGUGAAUGUGCUCCUUUGCUGAGCCAGCUUUGUACAGUACUAUAUACCCCCAGCUUUGCGUCGGUGGACCUUCAAGUUCUCUAUGUGUGUACAUCUCACACACUUCGGGCCAAACUCCUUUCUAUACCAAUACCUUUCACAAACAUUUUCAAUUCUCUCGUGUACCAUUUAUUGCAUAGCAUGGACGACUGGCGGAUGUGCGUGGAUGGGAAUGCCUGGGCAAGGGACGUAUUCACGAUCACGACACCUGCAUUGCAAGCAUUUUCGGCCGGCCAAAAAUACCUCACGUCAAGGAAGUCCUACUUUAUUUCUUACUUGGCUCUUUCACUGUCUGUGGAGGGCUCUCUGUGUAUCUCAGCAUCUCACUAACCCAAAACACAAAGGUCUCACAAGACCUACAUGCUUUAUUGGUUCACAUUACGUUUCUGUGUUUGUCCGCAAAUGGCUGGUGUGGUGUGUGCAUGAGUCUGUGUGUGUGUGCGUUCGUUCAGGCUCUGCUUAGCCUCAGCUGCAAGUCGUGACUGAAAUUGAUCCGUGCUGACUCUUCCCCUGACGGCUAAGGAUCCUCGCUCACGCCUGCUUCCCCUGCCUAUCAUGCAACUCACAUCCUUCAAGCGCCUAAGAUGAUGG